AUGGAGACAAGUGGUUGGGUGGGUGUGUCUGAGUUAGGGUUGAAAUUUAGUGGUUUCAAAAAUAAUUUCGCUGCUUUUUAUAUGAUGGACCCGACCCUUUUUAAACUGCAGUCUUGUGCAGCCAAAUCUAGCAAACAGAUUUUGGCCGUAAAAAAUGCCGCAAUGGAUGCGUUGGAUAUAACGAGCGAAUACCUGGCCUCGGUUCACCAAUCGAUUCUGGAUGCCGCGGUCGAUAGGAUAUCGCAAACAGACAUCCUUUGCAAAAUUAUAUGCAUGCAGGCCCAAUUGGACUCCUUUAUUGCGCAUCUGAAAGACAAGCGAACUCAAAACAUGAUCAAAAAUAUAUUCUUUUUCAUUCCUCUGGUAACUGCUGCUCUUUUCCGCGGCUCUGUGGCAUCAUCGGAUUCGGCAUUUGACCCGAUAUUCGAUGAACACACGCUUACAUGCUAUAUCCCGCAUCAUAGCUCGAAAGAAGAAUAUCUUCCACAAGAUAUCUUCAAGUACAAGGUUAAGGACGAUAAAUGGUACCGUUCCAAUAAGGCAGGCCCGUUAAGCGCCCGGAAUGAUGCGUUUCUGCAAAUCGACCAAAUUCCGGAGGAUGUUCUCACGGCCAGAGACAAGAUCUGCAGGGAGUUUAUUUUGAAAAGCCUUGCAAAAUUGCGCAAUUCUCGCCAAAAUCGCCACCACCGCCGCUGCGCUCGAAAUAAUAUUUUACACACGGAAGAGAACUACUUAAAACCAUCAAAGAAGUCUCAGGAAAAGAAGAAACGAGUUUGUAAGUUGGUUUGUAAUGAGGAUGAAUAUCCCAUCAAUGAGCUUAAACAGGGAAGAGGAAAUUUUGUUUCUUAUCAAAAGCCACUAAAUUGGAAAAGUAUCAGCAGCGAGCUUGGCACAGCAGAAAGCGCUAGCGCAUCUAGAUGUCCUUGCUUAAAAGGCGAAGUGAUCCAAAAAAAUUCUACAAUUUCUCACAAGCCAACUUGCCCGUACACGAGUCGGAUAAAGGAUGAAUCUCUUAUUUCAUUAGUAGGUUCAGGAGAUCUAUGUUCUCAGGUCAAAGCUCAGAUGGCAGGAAAAUCCUCAAAAGUAGAUCUAUUGUCCCCUUGUGCCCAAAAUACACCUAAAUAUAGGGAUUAUUUUGGUUCUAAAAGAAAUUUCCCUCAAAAGGGUUUAUCGAUCGAGCUGCCCGGAAGCAUUCGAAACAGUACCACCUUUAGAAAUUCCCAGGAAAUAGGAAAAAGAAUUUCAAAUUUUGGUGCAAAACACAAUACGGCCGGGUGUUCUUCUUGCACACUUAAAAAUGAGCUAGAUCCUCUAUCUACUCCUUUGGCUAAGAAGAUAACGCAGGAUUUUAAACUUAGAAAUGCCAAAUUACAGGGGAUCGAAAAUGACUUGGGCAUCUUUGAUGACUAUGAUGACGAUGAAUAUGACGAUGACUCCGAUUAUGAUGACGAUGAAGAUGACGACGAAGAUUCGGAGUAUUACGAUGAUGAUGAGGAGUAA